AUGACCUCGCACAGUUGGCACAUAGAUAUUGCUGACAGCUCGAUCGAUCAGCGUUGGCUCUUCAAUCAAAAGUUUGAAGGCAACACAGAUAGAGAUAUUGAGAAAUUGAGAAACGUGUGUGUGAUACAUGUGGAUGCUGCCGCCGCAUGCAAAGGAUGUGCUCCACCAUGUGUAUGCCCUGGAACCAAGGGAGAACGGGGUAACCCAGGAUUCGGAGGUGAACCAGGACAUCCAGGUGCACCAGGAUUAGAUGGACCGGAAGGAGUCUCAGGAGCUCCUGGAAUGUAUGGAGCCGAAGGAGAUUUCGGAGACGGUGGAGCCAAGGGAGCACGCGGAGAUCGCGGUCUUCCAGGAGCACCAGGACACUCAGGUCUUCAAGGACUCGAUGGAUUACCCGGACUGAAAGGAGAAGAAGGACCGCCAGGAUGUAAUGGAACUGAUGGUUUCCCUGGUAUCCCUGGACUCGCUGGGCCACCAGGACAACCAGGACCGAAUGGAAUGCCAGGAAGACAUGGUUUGUCUGGACCACCUGGAGAAGGAGGAGUCAAUUCACAAGGACGAAAAGGAGAGAAAGGAGAAUCUGGAAGAUCUGGAGUUCCAGGUCUUCCAGGAAACUCUGGAUAUCCAGGAUUGAAGGGAGCGAAAGGAGAUCCAGGACCGUACGGACUUCCCGGAUUCCCAGGAGUUUCUGGAUUGAAGGGAAGAAUGGGAAUGAGAACUUCUGGAGUCAAGGGAGAGAAAGGAUUGCCCGGACCACCAGGACCACCGGGACCACCUGGAUCGUAUCCAUGGGCUUCAAAGCCAAUUGAGAUGGAGGUCUUGCAAGGACCAGUCGGACCAGGAGGAGUGAAAGGAGAGAAAGGACGUGAUGGACCAGUUGGACCACCAGGAAUGCUCGGACUCGACGGUCCACCAGGAUAUCCAGGAUUGAAAGGACAAAAGGGAGAUCCAGGAGAUGCUGGACAACGCGGUAAACGCGGAAAGGAUGGAGUCCCCGGAAGCUACGGAGAGAAAGGAACUCAAGGAGAACAAGGAGUUCCAGGAACCCCAGGAUACCCAGGAACCAAGGGAGAAGCCGGAGAAUCUGGAUACCCAGGAAGACCAGGAUUCGAAGGAGACUGCGGACCGGAAGGACCACUUGGAGAGGGAACUGGAGAACCAGGACCACGUGGAGCUCAAGGAUUCGAUGGAGUUCAAGGAGCGAAGGGACUUCCAGGACACAACGGAUUACCAGGACCAGUUGGACCAAGAGGACCAGUUGGAGCACCAGGAAUGCCAGGAAUGCCUGGAAUCGAUGGAAUGCCAGGAUAUACUGAGAAAGGAGAUCGUGGAGAGGACGGUUACCCAGGAUUCGCAGGAGAGCCAGGUCUUCCAGGAGAGUCUGGAGACUGUGGAUAUCCAGGAGAGGAUGGACUUCCAGGAUAUGAUAUUCAAGGACCACCAGGACUUGAUGGGCAGUCUGGAAGAGAUGGAUACCCAGGAAUUCCAGGAGAUAUCGGAGAUCCGGGUUAUUCCGGAGAGAAGGGAUUCCCAGGAACUGGAGUUAACAAGGUCGGACCACCAGGAAUGACUGGAUUGCCAGGAGAGCCAGGAAUGCCUGGAAGAAUUGGAAUUGAUGGAUAUCCAGGACCACCAGGAAACAAUGGAGAACGUGGAGAUGACUGCGGAUACUGUCCAGACGGUCUUCCAGGAAAUAAGGGAGAUGCUGGAUACCCAGGAAUGAACGGAUAUCCAGGACCACCAGGACCAAACGGAGAGCAUGGAGACUGUGGAAUGCCAGGACUUCCAGGAAAGCCAGGAACCGCUGGAGCUGAUGGACUUAAUGGAUCCCCAGGACUUCCAGGAAUUCCAGGAUACCCAGGAAUGAAGGGAGAAGCCGGAGAGAUUAUUGGACCAAUGGAGAAUCCAGCUGGAAUUCCAGGACUCAAAGGAGAUCGUGGUCUUCCAGGACUUCCAGGACGUCAAGGAAACGACGGACUCCCAGGACUUCCAGGAUCACCAGGACAAGACGGAUUCCCAGGAUUGAGAGGAGAGCCAGGACUUUCUGGAAUCGAUGGAAAGAGAGGACGUCAAGGAUCUCUCGGAGUGCCAGGAUUCCAAGGACCACCAGGAGACUCUUACCCAGGAGUUCCAGGAACCCCAGGAUUCAAGGGAGAACGAGGACAGGAUGGUCUUCCGGGACUCCCUGGAGCACAGGGACCACGAGGAAUUCCAGCUCCAUUGAGAAUUAUCAACCAAGUUGCUGGAGAGCCAGGAAUUGACGGUCUUCCAGGACUCCCAGGAGACAGAGGAGCUGAUGGACUACCAGGUCUUCCAGGACCAGUUGGACCAGACGGCUACCCAGGAACUCCAGGAGAGCGUGGAAUGGACGGACUCCCAGGAUUCCCAGGACUUCACGGAGAACCAGGAAUGCGGGGACAGCAAGGAGAAGUCGGAUACAAUGGAGCUGAUGGAGAUUGUGGAGAGCCAGGACUUGACGGAUAUCCAGGAGUGCCAGGAGCACCAGGAGCACCAGGAGAGACUGGAUACGGAUUCCCUGGACAAGUCGGAUAUCCAGGACCAAAUGGAGAGCCAGGAGCAGCUGGACUCCCAGGAUCUGAUGGUUAUCCAGGAAGAGACGGACUUCCAGGAACACCAGGAUAUCCAGGAGAAGCUGGAAUGAACGGACAAGAUGGAAUGCCGGGUCUUCCAGGAACACGUGGAGAAUCUGGAUUAGUUGGAAUCGAUGGAAAGAAGGGACGUGAUGGACCACAAGGACCACGUGGAAACGAUGGUGUACCAGGAUACAGAGGAGAGGGUGGAGCACCAGGUCAAAAUGGAAUGGACGGAUAUCCAGGAGCGCCAGGAGACCAAGGAUACCCAGGAGCCCCAGGACAAGAUGGUUAUCCAGGAGCACCAGGACUCAAUGGAGAGGAUGGACUUGUUGGAUUCCCAGGACUUCGCGGAGAACACGGAGAAAACGGACUUCCAGGACUUGAGGGAGAAUGUGGAGAGGAAGGAUCUAGAGGACAAGAUGGACUCCCGGGAUAUCCAGGAGAACAAGGACAAGAUGGACUUCCAGGACUCCCAGGAGCUGAUGGUCUUCCAGGAUUGAAUGGAGAGCCUGGAGAUUCCGGAUCACCCGGAUUCAGAGGACAACCCGGAGAGCCAGGAAACCUUGCCUACCCAGGACAGCCAGGAGAUGUCGGAUACCCAGGACCAGACGGACCACCAGGACUUGCUGGACCAGACGGACUUCCAGGAUUGAAUGGAGAGCGUGGAGAGAAUGGAGACAGCUAUCCAGGAAUUCCAGGACCAAACGGACAACCAGGAGAUGCUGGAUAUGAUGGACUCGAUGGAGUUCCAGGACCACCAGGAUAUCCAGGAAUCACCGGAAUGCCAGGACUCAAGGGAGAAUCCGGACAACCAGGCCUUCCAGGUCGUCAAGGAAACGACGGAAUUCCAGGAGCCCCAGGUCUAGAGGGAGAAUGUGGAGAUGAAGGAUUCCCGGGCGCACCAGGACAACCAGGAUAUCCAGGACAACAAGGACGUGAAGGAGAGAAGGGAUACCCAGGAAUGCCAGGAGAGAACGGUCUUCCAGGACUUCGCGGACAAGACGGACUUCCAGGAUUGAAGGGAGAAAAUGGAUUGGAUGGUCAACCAGGUUAUCCAGGAUCACCAGGACAAUUGGGAUCUCCAGGAGACGUUGGAUAUCCAGGAUCACCUGGAGAAAAUGGAGACAACGGACUUCCAGGACGUGAUGGACAACCAGGACUUCGCGGAGAGAAUGGACAACCUGGGAUUCCAGGACUUCAAGGAAGAGAUGGACAGCCAGGACCAAUUGGUCCACCAGGAGACGAUGGAUAUCCAGGAGCACCAGGACAAGACACCUAUGGACCACCAGGACAAUCAGGACAAGAUGGUUAUCCAGGUCUUGAUGGACUUCCAGGAGGACCAGGACUCAACGGAGAGCCAGGAACACCAGGACAAUACGGAAUGCCAGGACUUCCAGGAGUGCCAGGAGAACCAGGACAAACUGGUUAUCCAGGAGAACGUGGUCUUACCGGAAUCGAUGGAAAACGCGGACACGAUGGACUUCCAGGACAGCCAGGAGCUCCAGGACUUGACGGAGUUCCAGGAACUGAAGGAGAUUGCGGUGACGAUGGUUACCCAGGAGCCCCAGGACAACCAGGAAGCAACGGAUAUCCAGGAGAACGUGGACUCCCAGGAGUUCCAGGACAACAAGGACGCUCCGGAGAGAACGGAUUCCCAGGGCAACCGGGAAUUCCAGGACUCAAGGGAUCACGAGGAGAUGAUGGAUUCCCAGGACGUGACGGACUCGACGGAGUUCCAGGACGGCCAGGAUUCGCAGGAAUGCCAGGACCAAUGGCGAUGUUAGUCAGAAACCCAACAGGUGCACCAGGAGACAAUGGAUAUCCGGGAGAGAAAGGAUACCCAGGACUUCCAGGAGAUAAUGGACUCCCAGGACCACCAGGAAAGGCCGGAUAUCCAGGAGCUUCUGGACAAGACGGUUAUCCAGGACCACCAGGACUCAACGGACAACCAGGACCAAGCGGAGACUCAGGAUUCCAAGGAGAACGUGGACGUGCUGGACUCCCAGGACUCCCAGGAACACCAGGUUUCCCAGGAGCACCAGGAGGAUGGGCACCAAGUCGUGGAUUCACAUUCGCCAAGCACUCUCAAACCACCGCUGUCCCACAAUGUCCACCAGGAGCAUCUCAACUUUGGGAAGGAUAUUCACUUCUGUACGUUCAAGGAAACGGACGUGCCAGUGGACAAGAUCUUGGGCAACCAGGAUCUUGUCUCUCCAAAUUCAACACAAUGCCAUUCAUGUUCUGUAAUAUGAACAGCGUCUGCCACGUUUCCAGCCGUAACGACUACUCUUUCUGGCUUUCAACUGAUGAACCAAUGACUCCAAUGAUGAAUCCAGUCACCGGAACAGCAAUUCGUCCUUACAUUUCUCGUUGUGCCGUCUGUGAAGUUCCAACUCAAAUCAUUGCUGUCCACUCUCAAGAUACAAAUGUUCCACAAUGUCCACAAGGAUGGUCGGGUAUGUGGACCGGAUAUUCAUUUGUUAUGCACACUGCCGCUGGAGCCGAAGGAACCGGACAGAGUCUUCAAUCACCUGGAUCCUGUCUCGAGGAGUUCCGUGCCGUUCCAUUCAUUGAGUGCCACGGAAGAGGAACUUGCAAUUACUAUGCCACCAAUCACGGAUUCUGGCUUUCCAUCGUUGAUAAGGACAAGCAAUUCCGUAAGCCAAUGUCUCAAACACUCAAGGCCGGAGGACUCAAAGAUCGUGUUUCCAGAUGCCAAGUGUGUCUCAAGAACCGAUAA